UAUACAAGAAGCUCUUUCAAAGUUGAUCCAGUCUUCCAAAUCAUUCCACAGGUGUCCUCUUUUCAUUCAGUCUAGUGCCAUGUCCACCUCGAGGAGCCUUGAGGCUGGGGCAGCUGCUCCGUGCCAGCCCUCUUCCUCAGUCGAGAGCAGCGUCGAGUCUGAUCCAGACCCUGGACUCCUCUUCCCGGUGACACGGUCCUCCCUGCUGACUCAACGUCUCCUGCGUUUACGGGCCUACAGCAGCCACGUAAGCCCCGUUACACGACGCAAGAGGGAGAUGAUCCCCACCGACAAGAAAGAUUCCACCUACUGGGAUAAGCGGAACAAGAACAACGAGGCAGCCAAGCGGUCCAGGGAGAAGAGGCGGCUGAACGACCUGAUGCUGGAGGGUCAGCUGCUGACUCUAAGUGAGGAGAACGCACAGCUGCGGGCGCAGGUGCUCAGCCUGCAGUUCCACGGCAGCCUGAGAGCAGAAACGCGCAAAGCUGCUUCCGCUUGUGCGACGUCCGCUGCGUCGGCUUCGCCCUUAUCACCGAGACAGGCUCACUGCCCUGACCUCUUCCAGCCAGGACUGUUGGGCAACAGCAGGAGCAACCCGGCUUCCGUCCUGGGUGCGCGACAACGAGGUGGGUUUAAUCCACACCGUUCUCACAGUAGCGGCACACAGCAAGACAUCUUCCACCUCUCCGGGGCCCGGGUCCUCUCUCCCCGAGCGGUUUUGGAGGGCGGGGGGUCGGCGGAGGCAGAGAUGGAUGCUCAGCGACAGGUCUCCUCCAGCGAUGACAUCCACAACUCCACCGAUGCGUCUUCCAUCAGAGCAUUUCUGCCCACACCAGAGACACUCCACCGUGCCUCCAUCCUGUCGUACCAACCUAGAAAUUGGCUGGUGCCCCAUCUAAAUCACUCGGCAGUGUGCAAUAAUAACUUUCUGCUGCCUUGGCGGUCUUCCUACCUGGCCCCUCCGACCGUCUACCCCGGCCUUCCUCUCUACAUACAGGAGACACAAGGCCAAGGUCUCGGUGUGGAGGCAGACAUUCAGGGGGGAUUCAAGAGUCUGUCUCAGCCCGGGCUGCACCCCCGUCCUGACGGACGCUAACAGGACAGUUUGACUGUCAAAGAACAAACGCUUAGCCCACUGCGUAAUUGCUUAA